AUGGAAUCGAUUGCAAUGGAAACUCGUGGUAAACGCACGGCUGACGCGAUUUCGCCAACACGAGAAGGUUCCAGCCAAUCAGCAUCAAUUGCCAACGACCGUAAGAAGCGCGAUAACAUCUUGGACGAAGGAGAGGACGAGAAUGAUGAAGACCUCGAAGAUAUGAGUGACGACAACGAGGAUGAUAUUUUCGACGAGGGUGAUGAUUUUGACCAGGAGAUGGAUGUAUACGAGGAGUUUAUGGGCCCAGAGGAGAGAGAAAUCGAACAAAAGGAGCACUCUCUAGGUAACCAAAAACUCAUCUUCAAGAUAUUCCUGGCAGACGACGAUGAAGAGUUUACACGCUGGAUGCAGACCAUACAUGUUCACUGCAGCUGCGAAGGAAAAGUGAUUGGACGAGGUUUCGGCCGGUACGUGGUUAGAAAUAGGAUUCGGGACAGUUUCUGGAGAGAUAUGGAAGAGCCUUGCCAGGAACUCUCUAGUAUUGGUUUCGAAUUAUUCGACCGCUAUGGUCGUCUUAAGAAGGAAUCGAAGGAUCACCCAAUCCAGAAAGGGACCGGAGUUUGGGGACCUGAGCUUGACAUAGGAUCAUUUUUUGUCAUCGAACAAAUACUCAUCGACAAGGAGUGGCGUCGCAAGGCACUCGGGACUAAAAUUGGCACUUAUCUUGUUGAGAAAUCUCGCACAGGAAGUAGAGACUCGCAAUAUUCUCUUGCGGUACCUGGCUGGCUCAACCGCGAUAUCGAGUCUCACACUCGGGGCAAAACGAAAAGCGAACAACGAGAGAUUAGAUAUCGUGUGUAUGAUGAUGUGGUAUCGUUCUAUCGCUCGCUCGGCUUUCGUCGGAUAGGUGCAUCUAGCUGCUUUGGUCUUGCAAUAGAUAAAAGCCACCCAGCUCGUGCAAUCCUGCCAGCCGACGACUUCGAUCCAACGGAAGAAGAGCCGGAUAAUGAUGAAGGCCCAGAAUGCGAAGAUGCUGCCGAAUGGGGUGCUGAUGAGAAGCGGAAGUCCUGGCGUCUAGAGCUGUUGAAAGAUAGACUUCCAUUUCACCAUGCCAUAAUCACCCUCCCCGACAGCGAGUGCGUAGAAUUUCUCAGGGCGUGGAAGUCAGACGAGAACCCGGCCGAUGAGUGGGCAAAAGCCGACCGGUAUUCAAACAAUGUCUUGCACAUCGCAGCUUGUGAGCUCAAAAUCCAAACCGUCCGUUGGUUGAUUAGUGAUUCGGGUAAGGGCCAGAUCCUAAGCUUGGCCAGAAAUGUGAAAGGAUACACUCCAAUCGAACAGCUCGAAUCCGAGCUUGAAACCAAGAGAACUAGACGAACUCAUGGAAUGAUGACUGUUGACAUAUCUGACAAUUUCUCUGGUUUCGCUCCAGAAGCUACCAGCUGUUUGGCAGCUCUGCGGAGCUCGGGGAAUCUUUCUCGAAUCCAGCUUGCUCGACUGAAGUUCGGAUGCACUUGCGGCUCGUGCAUAGAUGGUUUUUUGUCGCCGCGCAUGAGCUAUGCGCUGUUGUGCCAAGCAGAGAUUACACACGACAUGUUGAACGACAACGUCGAAGAUGCAGAGACCUGGUGCAUGUGGCACAAAGACUUAAUUAAAUAUGUGGCCCAGGACAUUCAACAAAACUUCACCACGAACAAGUCAUAUCGGCAGGGUUUCGCCAACAUAUUUCACCAUGCUGCCACUGUCUUGAAUAGAAACAGACCCCCGACUCUCCUCAACCUCGUACAUGAGUUUAUGGAUGCUAGCGAGUGGCCUCCUCAUACCAAAAACUUCCUUGGUAGAGGAGGCGAGCCUGAGAGCGUACUGAGAAUUAUAUUUGAGAAUGCCGUAGAUCAGGAUGAGUGGACUGGAGACGGCGAACACAUGGAGGUCUUUAGGGACAAAGUUAUGGCUUUCCCGGAGUGUCGCAAUGACCACGAAUUCGGCUUUGUGGCUUUGGCUUGCGGAAUUCCAAACUUGAUGCGUCUGUAUGGCUAG